AUGAAUGUGGCCCUCUCGACGGACCUCGCCGAUAGCGCAACGACGGCAACAGCGUCAGCCACCAGUGGAAGCACGAGCGGCUCAAGUACGGCCUCAAGUGAUGUGACCGGUUCCACAUGUCCGGCUACAGAGAAUGGAAUCUCGACAGGCGCGGCGGCCGGCAUCGGGGUGGGCGUUGGUCUGCCGUUGGCCCUCGCGGUUGGCGCGCUGACCUUCAUGCUCAUGCGCGAGAAGAAGAGGUCAAGAGCGGCGCAGGCGAGAUAUCAGCAGCCUGGAUACGGCCAACAGCCCGGAUUCAAUCAGCAGCCCUACACGAGCACGCCGUCGCACUGGGGCAAGCCGGAAGGGCACUUUGUCCCCAACGAGGUAUCGGGACACGCAGCGACACAUGAGCUGGCGGAUACCCAAGGCAGACACGAGCUUGGCCAUUGA